AUGCAGGCUACUCCGAAAAAGGCGAACUUCCCGGGCUUUCGGCGAACACCCAAGAGAACAAUGUCUGACGACGGAGCCCCACCGGAGCCCGUGCUUGAAGUUCCUCCUCCAACAGAAAUUAAGAUACUUGAGACUGCUGAAGAUAUUCAGCAUCGACGUCAAGAAGUCCUCGGUCAUUAUUCGCAGUUCAAAGAGCAUGCGAAGAAUAAGAGGGAUCGUCUAGAGGAAGCCCGUCAGUACCAGUAUUUCAAGCGUGAUGCCGAUGAACUUGAGAUUUGGAUUCUUGAGAAAUUGCAAACUGCCCAAGAAGAAUCAUUCAAGGAUCCGACGAACCUUCAGGCAAAGAUCCAAAAACAUGAAGCGUUCGAAGCAGAGGUUCAGGCGCAUGCAAAAACCAUCAGCAACCUCGAUAAGACCUGGAAAUGGAAUGAUCCAGCAUGGUCACUUUGCAAGCGAAGUGAUCAAGAAACGACUCGAGGAACUUCACGCUUAUGGGACAAAUUGUUCUUCAAACUAAAGGACAAGGGUAUUAAGCUCCAACAAGCACUGAAAUUACUUCAAUUUAUUCGACAAUGUGACGAAUUGCUUUACUGGAUUAGAGACAAGGAGGCUUAUGUGACUGCCGAAGAUAUGGGUAUGGAUCUGGAGCACGUAGAAGUGCUUCAGAGAAAGUUCGAAGAUUUUCUCAAAGAACUAGGAAAUCAUCAUUAUCGUAUUAAUGAGAUUAAUCAAGCUGCUGAUAAGCUUGUAGAAGACGGACAUACCGAACAUGACCAAAUUUAUAAGAAACGUGAUGAGGUCAAUGAAGCGUGGCAUCGCCUGAACACUCUUGCUGCCACUAGGAAGGAAUGUCUCUUUGGAGCCCAUCAAGUGCAACGCUUCAAUCGCGAUGCUGAUGAGACUCUGGCUUGGAUCGCGGAGAAGGACGCUACUCUGUCGAGUGAUGAUUAUGGCCGUGACCUGAACAACGUUCAAGCCCUGCAACGAAAGCAUGAGGGCACAGAAAGAGAUCUGGCCGCUCUUGAAGGAAAGAUGCAGCAACUGGAGAAGGAAUCUGCCAGGCUCUCCGAAACGCAUCCUGAUCGUGCUGAUGCUAUCGAUGCCAAGAUGCGCGAAGCUAAAGGUCAAUGGAACGCUUUGAAGAGAAAAGCUCAGGCUCGUAAAGAGGGUCUUGAUCGUAGCCUACAGUUGCACCGUUUCCUUGCUGAUUACAGAGAUCUGUGCUCUUGGAUCAACGACAUGAAGGCUGUCAUCUCGGCUGAUGAGCUUGCCAAGGAUGUUGCUGGUGCUGAAGCCUUGUUGGAGAGCCACCAAGAGCAUAAGGGAGAAAUUGACGCUCGUGAAGACAGCUUCAACCAGACGGCUGUUUCCGGUCAAGGUCUUCUCGAUAUGGGAAUCCCGGAAAGUGAUGAGGUUCGUCAAAAGCUGGAACACCUAGCUCAUGAGAAGGCUGCCCUACUUGCCCUCUGGGAGGAGCGUCGCAUUCUGUACGAGCAGUGCAUGGAUCUCCAGUUGUUCUAUCGUGAUACCGAACAGGCUGAGACGUGGAUGAACAAGCAGGAAGCUUUCCUAGCCAACCAAGAUCUUGGCGACUCGCUGGAUGCCGUUGAGUCACUUAUUAAGAAGCAUCAAGACUUCGAAAAGUCUCUGGCUGCUCAGGAAGAGAAGAUCAAUGCGCUUGAUGAGUUUGCCACAAAGCUCAUUCAGGGUCAGCAUGACUAUGGCAGUAUGAGUGUCCAGCGAGACGUCAUGCCCUUCUGA